AAGAGAUAUAAUAAUAGAGAGUGAGAGAGGGUCGUCGUAAGCUCAUAAUAGCAGAGAAAAAAGGAAAAAGAAACAGGAGAGAAACAAGAAAGAAGGAGAUGACGAGCAAGGAGGAGGGGAAGAGCACGGGCGAGCCCCAGACCCCGCAACAGCAGCAGCAGUACGGCACCUUCCAAGGCGUGCCCACCUACCCUCCGCAGCCGCCGGCGAUGGGCUUCCCCCAGCCGACUCCGCCGCCCGGCAUCACCGGCCACCUGCCGCCCCAUUCUGCCCCCACCUACUACGCCCGCGCCUACCAGACCGCUGCUCCAGGUUAUGAACAAGUUGUUGAAGGCAGGCCGCUAAGAGAACCACGCCUCCCAUGCUGUGGAUGUGGUGUUGGCUGGUUUUUGUUCAUAAUUGGCUUCUUUCUUGCUGCUAUUCCCUGGUAUGUUGGAGCUUUCAUUCUACUUUGUGUUAGGAGGGUGGACUAUAGGGAGAAACCAGGGUAUAUUGCUUGCACAAUAGCAGCCGUUCUUGCCGCAAUUGCUAUUAUCAUUGGAGCAACAAAGGGAGCUGAUGCGUGGUGAUUGUAACUACCGAUAUGUGAUAUGUAUAUCGAAAAUAAAAAUAUGAUGUAAUUUAUCGUUAUGUCUGUGUCUUUGGAGGUUCAGGAUUCUGUGGAACAUUGCAUGUAAUUAAUGGUAUGUUAACUCUUGUGUAUGUGUAUCAGUAUUUGGCUAAGAUUAGUUUUGUGCAGGAGAUGGUUUGAGUAUU